GAAGUCUGUUACACGGAUUUGUCUGUUAUAUCUUAUAUGCAAGAGAAAAAACCACCUCCAGCAGAGGUAGUCUGUUCUGCAAAAAUGUGUUGUGCAGGAGGUCUGUUGUGUGCAUGGUGGAUUGUAUGUUGAUGUUUGGCUUCAGAAUUUGCAGAUUUUAAAGGGCUAAAGUCCUGGCAUAAACAAGGGUAAGUACCUACUUUGUCAAUUCCAAGAAUCUUCAUGAUGGAAUGAAUCAGGGCCUCAGGGGUAAUUUGUGGGACUGUAUGAUGUGUCUGUGGGUAUUUUUUAUUUUGGACUGGCACACUUUUUUUUAGGGAUGUUCACCUCAACAUGAGAGGAUGUAAUAUGAUCCAGCAUUUGAAUAUUUUGUUUUAUGUUUUGAAUUUAUGAAAUUCUGUUUUCAGGAUAAAAUAUUGUGCAGAAGUGACACCUGGUGAUCUUGCAACAAUCCAUCAUGAAAUGGGUCACAUUCAGUAUUUCAUGUCCUAUUCACAUCUACCAACACAAUUCCGAGAUGGUGCUAACAGUGGAUUCCAUGAAGCCAUAGGAGACACAAUGUCACUUUCUUCUUCAUCCAUGAAGCAUCUGCAAAAAAUUGGUCUUCUGAAACCUGGACGAUUUUCAAGUCAAGAAAUUGCAGAAAAAGAUAUUAACAUCUUGCUGACAAAGGCGUCUUCAACCUUUGGGCAGUUGGGAUUUGCUUACAGCCUGGACCUUUGGCGAUGGGAUGUCCUGGGCAAUGAUUCUGUGACAAACAAAAACAUGAAUAAAGCUUAUUGGGAUCAUGUGGAGAGACUCAUGGGAAUUAAACCCAUGCCAAGAACAGAGGAAGAUUUGGACCCUGGGGCUAUUUACCAUGUUGCCAAUGGGGUUUCAUACAUAAGGUACUUCAUGAGCAUAAUUUUGCAACACCAAUUCCAUGAAGCCAUGUGCAAAGCAGCUGGUGAAUAUGACCCAAAAAAAGCAGAUAAACCACUGCACAAUUGCGAUUUUUACAAAAGCAAACCUGCUGGGGAUCUUUUGAGGAAAGCCAUGCAUCUUGGGUCAUCCAAACCCUGGCCUCUGGUCCUGGAGAAAAUCACUGGUCAGAAAACCAUGACAGCUGAUUCACUCAAAAGAUUCUACAAGCCUUUGGAGCGAUUUUUGGACAAGUUUCUAGCAGAGAACAAACAGUGCAUAGGCUGGGGAAAAGUGCAUCAAGACAACAUUUCAAAAUUCUACUUUCGAUUCAAUCAAGCAAAAUUUGACAUGAAAGCAUCUGAACCUUUGGAAGUUGAAGAGACAGCUGCUAGGAAUUUCUUUGCAACAUGGGAUUUGUUGCAAAGCAAUUUAUAUUAUCCAUAUGCAUCAGCUAACUGGAAUUACAAAACAAACAUGACGGAGGACAAUUUGAAUUCA